AGCAACCACUGCGCUAGCAGACGACAGAGAGCUGAUUAAAUGUGUUCAUGUUCGGCGAAAAAUGAGAACUAACUUUUGUUAUACUGUUGUGCUUGGUCAGUUAUUGUUUGUUUCAUUUACACAACAACAGGAUAGCAGAGAUAAGGAAGAAAUAAAACCCCAAAUAGUUGAAGGCUGGGCGGGAAGGCUCGCAGGGGAGCUUUGGAACCUUGGUGACUAUGUUACAAGAAGAGAUGAUGUUAGAAAGAGCUUUAAAGACGCCAAAGUGGAGUCCCGAGAAGGGUCUAGGAUUGUCAGUGAGCUAGUGAGGGAAAUGGAAAAUAUGAUGAGUCAUAAAGUGGAAGCAGUUAAGCGUAUAGUGGACACAGCAGAAAAUGCAGCAGUAGAUUCCAACCCCGAUGAGCCAGUGCCCAACUCAUACGAGUAUUACAGUGCCAAAUUGCUACGUCCGCCCGGACAACUCAACCUGAGCGGAGACGACCCCAAGGGCACGCGAGAACUUCUGCUUACUCCUGACACACAUUUCUACGACUUUCCUGUCAACACUAACGUCAGCUCAGUUCAUGUGCCAACCAACGUUUACGAUAGAGCUCAAGAAGUAAUUUAUGCUAUCAAAUGGUCAGAACGUUUGGAGUUAACGUUCAAGGACAACUAUAAGAGAGAUCCCAGUUUAUCGUGGCAAUAUUUUGGCAGCUCAACCGGCUUCAUGCGUCAAUUCCCAGCCACGGGUUGGUCGGUGGACCCAGUGGACUUAUACGAUUGUCGCACAAGAGCUUGGUACAUUGAGGCAGCUACGAGCCCAAAGGACGUGCUGAUCCUGGUGGACAACUCAGGCUCGAUGAUGGGUCAGCGGAAAGAGAUUGCGAGACACGUGGUGAACAGUAUUCUGGAUACACUAGGCAACAACGACUUUGUCAACAUCAUGUCCUUCGUCAACGACACAAAGGAAGUGGUGGAGUGCUAUAAGGACAUGCUCGUACAGGCAAACUUAGAGAACAUCCGAGAACUUAAAAUGGGUAUGAGAGAGAUGGGGAAUGCUCAAUACAUUGCGAACUUCAGCACAGCACUUACUACUGCCUUUGAUAUUCUGCAACAAUAUCGUGAGAACCGCAUGGGCGCUGCUUGUAACCAAGCCAUCAUGCUGAUCACGGACGGUGUGCCUUACAAUUACAAGGAGAUCUUUGAGUUGUACAACUGGAGGAAUCUGCCGUACAUGCCUGUGCGAGUGUUCACCUACCUGUUGGGCAAGGAGGUGGCUGACGUACGGGAGGUGAAGUGGAUGGCCUGUGCCAACAGAGGCUACUAUGUACAUCUCAGCACUCUAGCCGAGGUGAGAGAGCAAGUACUACAGUAUGUACCUGUGAUGGCUCGACCCAUGGUGCUACAUAGAGACAUCCAUCCUGUCAUAUGGACAUCAGUCUACGCUGACAUCACUGAUCCAUCAAUGACUGAUUACCUUUGGGAACAAGAAGAAUGCAAGGAACAAAAGCAAAGGUCCAUGAAUUUCAGGAAAGAUCGCCAAAGAUUUAUGGAGCCUGAUGAACAAGAAAGACGCAACAUCAAAAAGCUGAGGAGGAUUCAAGAUCAAGCACCAGGAGAUACAAAAAAGUACAGGUUUAUGACAUCCGUAUCAAUGCCUGUGUUUGACAGGAGGGAAACCGCGAAUGUUAAAAUUGGCAGAGAUUGCAGUGAACACGACCCAACCUGUCCUAAGCCUACACAGAUGAAGGUAGCCUAUUUGUUAGGAGUAGCUGGUACGGACAUUCCAAUUGAAGAAAUCAACUCAUUGCUCGCUCCUCACUGGCUGGGGGUCAAUGCUUAUGCAUUCAUUGUGACCAAUAAUGGUUACAUUCUGGUGCAUCCAGACUGGCGACCAGUGUUUCAAGGAAUCUUAAAACCCAACUACAAUGCUAUUGACAUGACCGAUGUUGAACUGAUGGAUGAUGGUCGAGAUCCUUUGGAUUUCAACGAAAAAUUGUUAGAGUUCCGCAGAAAGCUAGUUAGGGGAAACACCACUGGCUCAAUAUCUCUCCCAAUGAAACAGCAUUUGGAUGGAUUGAGACGAGUUAUGAGAGGUAUGCGGUACUAUUACUAUAAGCCUAUCCAGGAGAGGCCAGGCAAAUAUCCGCUAACUCUGGUCGUCAGUCUACCAGAACAUUACGGUAGAUACCAGGUGGACGGUAUAGUGGAGACUCAUCUACUCAAGCAGAGCAAAGGAAAGCUGAACUUUUUUGAAGGGAAGAAUUGGAAAGUCCAUCCUGACUGGUUUUACUGCAGAUACCGGAUGGAUACGGAGGAAACUCCAACAUUUAACAGCCCAGAGGAGGAAGUUGAGCAUUUUUUUGCAAAAACACAAUCAGCCGGGUGGAAUUGGCCCCCGCGGUAUCCCCCAGAACCUUUCCUAUCUAAUGCAAGUGUGCCAACAAAAAGUGAUAAGCCUGGGACUAAGAUCAAACCGUAUUUUUGUGACCGAACCCUUUUCCUUUCCUUGGUGUUUGACGCCAAAGUUACAGCUUGGUUCAACAAAAACGUGAGUGCUGCCUCAGCCGAAGACAAGGGGCCCAUUGCAAAGCUGAUGGUUUUGCUAUCAAGAAAGGAGUUCAAGCAGCGUUUUGGGCUAACUUUGGUUUUUCUGGCGACCCGGAGUGGACUCACCCGAUGGCAGGAUUUCCCGGAUGUUCCUGGAAAAGACGAUCAACCUUCCGGACCGCACUUUAAAGAUACCCAUGUUCGUGCGAUUGAUGAGGUCUGGUACAGACGAGCAGUGGAGCAAAACUAUGAUGAUCCUGACAGAUUCAUCUACACUGUCCCCUUCAACAGUGGUAUUCUAGGCUCGGAAAACCUGAUCAAGAAUGAAAUACUGGUGACAGCAGCCAACGCCAUCUUUGCUGAAAACGGAGAUAAAAGGGCACCAGCGGCCGUGGUCGGGUUUCAGUUCCAACAUUCCGCACUUCACAACCUCUUUAUGAACAUCACACGUAGUUGUCCGACAAGUAUGGGAGACUGUCGACACUCCCAAACCUGUGCGAGCGACAGUUUUGAAUGUUUCGUCCUCGACAGCAACGCCUACGUGAUACUGUCGGAAAACAAAGAACACACUGGCUACUUCUUUGGAGAGAUCCACCCAUUCGUCAUGGAACAGCUAGUUGCCGAGAAUGUUUACCGUAGAGUCCACAUCUACGAUUAUCAAGGUGUCUGCUUUGCCACUCAACCCGAGAAAAGUGAUUCCGUUGGUUUGAAAAAUCCCCUGCACUAUAUCAGCUGGUUGGGUAACUGGAUUGUGGCGAAUGUGGUCUGGUUUCUGUUUGAGUUUAACUUCCAGUGGAUCGGAACUCUGGGAUUCUCUUUUCCCCCAGAGGUUUCUGAUGAGGAGUACAUCACAGAAGGAGAGGAGGAAGAGGGAGAUGACGUAGAACCUACAAUGUCCAUGCCUUCAGGCGAGAGCAACAUUAAGGAUGUUUUUGGCAAGGUUAUGAUCAACCGUACCCGGCCGGCACCUUGCACUAUGGAGGUAGACCUGUACCAGCUGGUUUCCGAGAGAGAGAGAGCCAAGUCAGAGAGGGAGAGAGAAAGAGGGAGAGCAUCUAGAGGUCAACCUAAGGAGAGGGACGUCUGUAGCCCUCCGUUUGUUGUCCAGAGUAUCCCCUCCAGUGAUCUCAUGUUGUUGGUGGUCAACGCCAACUGUCCAACUCAUUCUUCUGUGUUCUCUAUGAACGUGAUCCCCAGUGAGGUAAAUUACAACGGCACAACACUCAACUGCCAGAAGAUCAAGUUCAAACACAACAUGGACCGUCGGCGGCCUCCGUCAUGCAUCAAGGAACAUGAGAAGGAGGAAGACAUCAAGCUUUGCGGACGAGGUGGGAGAUUGACUUCCAACAACUCAUUGGAAUGGUUGUGCCUAAUAGUUCUCUAUUUAAUAACUCUAGCGCUUAAAUCAAGUUAAUACCAAGCUAAUUCCUAUGUUUCAAACGUGACUGUGAUAUAAAAUUUUACCGCAUUCCAGCAUUUCGAUUAGUGCAAUUGUGAAGCAUUCCGGGCUGUCAGACUGCUAAUAUUCUUAAACCAACAUUAUGAACUAGCAAGGAUGUAUUGAAUUUAUCGAUCUUGUACAAAGGGAUUUUUGUUUCCUACUUUACGUUUUCCAACUGAUUUUAAUGUAGGGAAACCCAGGUUAAAAGGAAAUUCCCCUACAAUAUAUUAAAGAGAACCCUCAAAAGGUAUUUAAACCACUCUUAAACUUUAUAAGUAACAUGUUUA